CAAUUAGUUGUUUCGUUGUCAAGUCCGUAACUAUGGCAAUAUGGAUGAAAAUAUAUUCUCAUUCAAUUGCCAGUUAGUUUCUCACUACCAACUUAUUCACAUUUGCUCUAUAAUUCAAUAUGCGUGAAAUUGUUCAUAUUCAAGCUGGUCAAUGUGGAAAUCAAAUCGGUGCAAAGUUUUGGGAAGUGAUCUCAGAUGAACACGGAAUCGACCCAACUGGCACUUAUCAUGGAGAUUCCGAUCUACAACUAGAACGCAUCAACGUAUAUUACAAUGAAGCAACCGGUGGAAAGUAUGUGCCUCGUGCCAUUCUCGUCGAUCUGGAACCUGGUACGAUGGACAGUGUGCGUGCCGGUCCAUUCGGACAACUGUUCAGACCAGACAACUUCGUGUUUGGACAGAGUGGUGCUGGAAACAACUGGGCCAAAGGACACUACACUGAAGGUGCAGAGUUGGUCGACUCAGUUCUCGAUGUUGUACGCAAGGAGGCUGAAUCGUGUGAUUGUCUACAAGGCUUCCAACUCACCCACUCUCUAGGAGGUGGAACAGGUUCCGGAAUGGGAACACUACUCAUCUCGAAGAUUCGUGAGGAGUAUCCAGACCGCAUCAUGAACACAUUCUCAGUGGUCCCUUCACCUAAGGUCUCCGACACAGUCGUCGAACCAUACAACGCCACACUCUCUGUUCACCAACUCGUUGAGAACACCGACGAAACAUACUGCAUUGACAACGAAGCACUCUACGACAUAUGCUUCCGUACUCUGAAACUCACCACACCCACCUAUGGAGACUUGAACCACUUGGUCAGUGCAACUAUGUCAGGAGUGACAACAUGUCUGAGAUUCCCUGGUCAGCUGAAUGCUGACUUGAGGAAACUCGCUGUGAACAUGGUGCCAUUCCCACGUCUCCACUUCUUCAUGCCUGGAUUCGCACCUCUCACUAGUCGCGGCAGUCAACAGUAUCGUUCUCUCACCGUUCCCGAGUUGACUCAACAGAUGUUCGAUGCGAAGAACAUGAUGGCUGCAUGCGAUCCACGACACGGACGAUAUCUCACAGUGGCUGCAAUAUUUCGAGGUCGUAUGUCCAUGAAGGAGGUUGAUGAGCAGAUGCUCAACGUGCAGAACAAGAACUCAAGCUAUUUUGUUGAAUGGAUCCCGAACAACGUGAAAACGGCAGUGUGUGACAUUCCACCACGAGGUCUGAAAAUGUCAGUCACUUUCAUAGGGAACAGUACAGCUAUUCAGGAGUUGUUCAAACGUGUUAGUGAACAAUUCACAGCCAUGUUCAGACGUAAAGCUUUCUUGCAUUGGUACACAGGUGAGGGUAUGGAUGAGAUGGAAUUUACAGAGGCAGAAUCAAAUAUGAACGAUCUUGUCAGUGAAUAUCAACAGUACCAAGAUGCAACUGCUGAAGAAGAAGGAGAGUUUGAAGAAGAAGAAAAUGAAGAAGCAUAAAUUAAUUGUGAAUUUAGGCAUUAGUUAAAUAAAUUUUUCAUGGUUUCUAUGUAUUGUUUUGUUCAUUUUCAAUUGAAACUUAUUUAUGAUCAUAUAUAUAUAGUGAUUAAGUUUUGUUGAUUGAGCUUAGAAUGUAUGUUUGAGUUUGACUAUUUCGAUGUCCCCCAGUGUUCCAUUUUAAACAAUGAAAUAGCCUCACUUCUGAGUAACAGUAACGUUGAAGAUAGAUAAGAUUUUCUCGCUGAUGUUAUAGGUCAAUCAUAAAAUUUACGUUUUACUAAAUACUUCAUAUUUGAAGUACUGAUAACCCAUUGUGUUUAAAAAUCAUCCGAGCCAUUGAAAGUGCCUUAAAUUGACAGUCAACUUACCCGUCUUGUAUAUUGUGUAUGAAAGCUUGAAUUGACUUAGUUACUAUGAAUGUAGUUUACCGAUUGCGGCUAGAAGUUUGAUAAUCCUAUAGGGUUCGUCCAUUUCAAUCGCGAACUUUCUUUAACAUAAGA